AAAAAGUAAAACCUAAACCCUAAUUCCCUAAACUAAAUCAGCGCCGCACAGCCACGGCUCCACCACCGCGCCUUGUCUGACUCCCAUCGCUCUCCAGUCUCCACCACCGCGCCGCCGCGCGGUCCGCGCCGUCCCACCCCGCCGGCCGCCACCCCACCUACUCUGCGCCUUCAAUCCCCCACCACGCCACCUCCGCGCUUGCAAUCCCCCAGAGCAGCUCGAAGCUCGAGCGCAGAGCGCCGCAGAUCUGCGCCUCUCUUCCCGACGGCCGACGCCCUCUACCUCUGACCUCAGAGUUUCAGACGCCUUCCCCAGAGCACCUCAUCGGCGCGUCAUUCCUUCAGGCUGCAGGCAAAAAUCCGAUCCGUAAUCCGAAUGACUUCUGACAGUUUAUCAGCAAACGAGCUAUGCGACGUCGUUUGAUAGGCGCUUCUUAAUUCUUAUCCCCAACAAUAUUGCAGUUCCUUAGAUGUCAAGAACUGAAACAGAGCGCUACUAUGGCCUGUAAACUCUCGCUCUUCAGCUCCACUCUCUCUCUAAUCCAUCCAGAAAUAUCUCCACAUUCUGCAAAAUUACCACUUCAGUUACCAAUUUCUCAAAAUUUUCAAAGCUUUACAGCUGCAAAAUCGAGAAGAACCGAAGAUGCGUGGCAGUUUUGCGCUACUGCAUCUGGAACGGAGGUUGAGGUUGAAGUUGCAGAGGGGUACACGAUAACCCAAUUUAUUGAUAAGAUCAUCGACGUUUUCCUGAACGAGAAACCUAAGUCUAGAGAUUGGAAGAAAUACUUGAUUUUCAGAGAGGAGUGGGGCAAGUAUCGGCAGAAAUUUUAUAAUCGGUGUAAAACCCGCGCCGAUUCUGAAAAGGAUUCACAUAUUAAGCAAAAAUUGGUAGACUUGUCGAGGAGAGUUAGAAAGAUUGAUGAAGAAAUGGAAAAGCAUACUGCACUGUUAAAAGAGAUACAAGAUAGUCCCAUGGAUAUCAAUGCUAUUGUAGCAAAGAGACGUGGUGAUUUUACAGACAGUUUCUUUCGUCAUCUCACUUUGGUCUCAGAAACCUAUGACAGCUUGGAAGACCGAGAUGCGGUUGCAAGGCUGGGGACUCGAUGCUUAUCAGCAGUCAGCGCUUUCGAUAAUACUCUGGAGAUUGUGGGUACAUUAGACAUUGCCCAGGCUAAGUUCGAUGACAUCUUAAAUUCCCCUUCAAUAGAUGCAGCAUGUGAGAAAAUAAAAAGCCUUGCCAAGGCAAAAGAGCUUGACUCUUCUUUAAUUCUAUUGAUAAAUGGCGCUUGGUCAGCAGCAAAGGAGUCAGCAACGAUGAAAAAUGAGGUCAAAGAUAUAAUGUACCGUAUAUACAAGGCAACACAGAGUAGUUUGAGGAGUAUUGUGCCACAAGAAAUUAAACUGCUGAAGUAUUUGCUGAACAUCACAGAUCCUGAAGAGAGAUUUUCGGCAUUGGCUACCGCUUUCUCCCCUGGUGAUGAACAUGAUAUCAAACAACCAAAUGCUAUAUACACAACUCCAAAGGAGCUGCACAAGUGGAUUAAGAUCAUGCUUGAUGCAUACCAUCUCAAUAUGGAAGAGACUGAAAUUAGGGAAGCCAAGAAAAUGGACCAACCUAUUGUUAUUCAGAGACUUUUCAUCCUUAAAGAAACUAUAGAAGAGGAGUACUUGGAGCGAAAUGUCAAAGCAGAGAUGGGCGCAAGCUCAGAAGACAAAUAAGAUGCUCUUUCCAUCAACUGGUGCUGCUAAAUCUGUGGGAGCUAGCUAGUAAACCUCGAAGUUCAUUUUGAGGGGGUGUGCUUAUUUCCUUAUUUGGAUGGAAUUAACUUAAUACAUCUUCAUGAGAUCGAUAUGAGCUAUUUGCAUCCAGCACGUCUAACCCCCGCGAUGAAUUUCUGGAUCAUGUAUGAUGUAUCACUAGUUGUUCUUAUGCAAGCAUCCUAUUUAUGUCAUCAAGAUUUCCUUUGAGCCAAA